AUGUUUGCGAUAAAUACUUUAGUGUUUUUGCUUUCUACACCUUAUAUUUCUUGUCUAUCUGUCCAAGAAAGUCCAGAUGUUGGUAUUAUUGGCGGGCAUGACAUUACCAUAGAAAAGGUUCCCUUCAUAGCUUCACUGCGGCUGGAUGGAAAGAUACAUUUUUGCGGAUGCUCCAUCAUUGAUGAACAAUUUGUUCUAUCAGCUGCACACUGUAUAGUGCCAAAUCGAGAGUACAAAGUUUUAGUCGGCACAAGCAAACUUCACCAAGGUGGAAGCCUCUAUGAUGUAGAGAAAAUAUUAGUACAUCCCAAAUAUAACAAUAGAACUUACGACUAUGAUAUCUCCAUUCUGAAGUUGAAGGAACCUCUAGUAUUUUCAACUAAAGUGAACAAAAUAGAUUUGUUCGAUAACAGUAUCAAGAUGAAAAGUGGAACGAUCUUAAAAACUGUUGGUUGGGGAUACACUGAGCCUAAAGGAAAUAUAUCUGAAACACUGCGUGUCGUUCAACUACCGAAGGUGUCACGGGCACCUUGCCAGCGUGCAUUUGGAAACAAAAUUGAAAUAACUCGAAGAAUGAUUUGCGCAGGUGGCGAAGGAAAAGACACCUGCAAGGGCGACAGUGGAGGUCCCUUGAUAUGGAAAACUGCCCAAGUAGGCAUCACAUCCUUUGGUAGCAAUUGUGGCAGCCUGCCAGGUGUCUACACUAACGUUUUUAAAAUGGCACAUUGGAUUACACGUACCAUCGCUGAGAACCUUUAA